AUGUCUAAGCACCACCCGGGAAGUUGGGUCGCCCACAGCAAAGCAGACAUCGACCCCACAGACCUCCCAUGGGCCCUCACAACACAUCUCCUCGCUAUCAAUCAUCAACAAUUCCUCCGCGCAACCAAAGACCCCUUCCUAGAGCGCGCCGCAAAGGGCACCCUGCCCAAGCCAUUGAUAGCGCAAUGGCUUGCCAACGAUAGACAGUACCUCCAAGGCUAUCUCUCUACUAUUAGUAAUACCCUCAACCUGAUUCGCAGUACACAUAAACCGACAACUGCUCCUGGCGCUGAACCAGAAAUUGAGACUCGCUUGAUCUCGUGGCUGGAGGCUGGCAUCAAGAAUGGCGAGAGGGAGAUGCGCCUCUUUCAGGAAGUUGCCGAGAUCUACAACAUCGAUAUCCAUCCCUCUCCUUUGCCGGAUAAUAUUAAAUCCGAGGGUCUACGUCGCUACGAAGCUCUCUUCGCAAAUGUAGCGUCACAAGCACCAAACCCUUUUAUCCCCUGGCUAGAAGGCGUCGUUCUACUUUGGUCAACCGAAAAGGUGUACUACGAUGCAUGGUCCUGGGCGCGUCGCCAGGAUUCUCAAUCUUUACCCCGAAACUACGAAAACGACCAAGACGGCGGUGCUAUGCGUAGGGAGUUUAUACCCAACUGGUCAAACCGCGACUUCAUGAUGUUCGUUGAGCAGCUUGAGCGCAUCCUCAAUGAAGGCGUGACAAGCGCCGUGAACCGCAACGAAGAGAGUUGGACGAGCGUCAAAAGCAGAGCAGAUCCCAUAUGGCGAGCGCUGCUUGAUGCCGAAGAGGCGUUUUGGCCAGUUGUGCCUGGUGGUGAGGGGAGCUUGGUUGAACCUGGUGUCAGACGGGGCGCAGACGGGAAGAUGGACGGAACCACACUACGUAGCACUGGAGAUGAUGAGGUAUUGAAUGAGAAGCAAGGCGUUCGAGCGGGUGAUAUCACGACGCUGCACAGCAACGAGCAUGGCGGGGCUAUAAUGGAUGAAAAGCAUAGGGUGCAAGGUGGAGAUGUCAAGUGGAAUGGCCAUGUCCCGUUGGUAUAG